AUGACAACACGUGACGCACUUUGUCGAGAAAGUUUGGAGGAACAAAUUCGCAAACAUACCGCUACGAUUAAUGAUACAACUAAUUUAACAGAUAUUGAAGCAACAACAAUGAUAAACAAAUCAAGCAAUACUUCUGAUGAAAAUCCCGGACCAUCAGAAAUAGUUUCUGCUAUCGUAGAACCAACAAAUUCAUAUGAACGAAAUGAUGAACUAACAAACAAUGGAUAUUGCAAUGAAAUUCAGCGAAGUGAUAACGAUAAUAUAGAUGGAAGUUUACAUUCAGAAGGAAAUGAACCGAUUUCAAAAGUGCCUUCAAAAGUGAAUGCUUCAUAUAAUUCAUCAAAUACAAGCAGUAUUCGAUCGCUUCGACAGCUUCAACAAAUGGCGUUAACAACAUUUGCUCGUACAAAUUGGAUUGCUGGUAAGUAUGAAACAAUUGAAGUAGAAUUAUGUCGUGAUCCUGUUGUUGGCCUUGGCAUUACAAUUGCUGGCUAUGUUCAUAACAAAGAAGAGAUAAAUGGUGUUUUCGUGAAAUCGUUGGUGCCUAAUUCAAGCGCUUUUCAUUCAAGAAAAAUACAAUUAAACGAUCUCAUUUUCGAGGUAAACGAAAAAUCAUUGGAAGGUUUAAAUCAUAGUGAAUCAAUACGGGCAUUAGUAGGUAGCGGAACAAGAGUUAAGAUAAAAUUAAUUCGUUUUCUACCUGGUUCACCGCAAGCUGAAUGCCUUACAAUGCUCCAAAGACAGGAUGUGGCAGCUCAAGAAAUAGACGUUCAGAAUACGCUACGUGAUGUGGUAGCCUAUUGGAAGCAUCGUUUGGGUUCUGAAUUCGAAGUGAUUAGUGUGGAUUUGAUUCCGGAUAAAUUCGAUGAUGGUGGUUUAGGUAUUUCGUUAGAAGGUACAGUGGAUAUUUUAAAUGGUGCUGAACUUUGUCCACAUCAUUACAUUGACUCACUUAGACCUGGUGGACCAGCUGCUUUCUCGAAUUCUCUUCGUUCAGGUGAUGAAUUACUGCAGGCUAAUGAAGUGGUAUUAUACGGCGAAUCACACGUAACCGUAAGGCAAGCGCUAAUUAAGGCUGCAACAAACGCACAACGAGUUAGGCUUACAGUAGCAAGGAAAGUUCAAACUGUGAAUGUUUUCAUGCCAAGACUUGAGGAAAGUCUUCCAAUUGCAUAUCCUUUAUUAGCUGGCACAGACGAUCGCCUUAUUAAGGCUAAAUCCGAAAGUUGUAUAGCAAGAACUUUAGAUUCAACAAGAGCUGUAUUGGAACAGGUGUCGCGGCGUUUACGAUCCCGAUCACUGCAAUUAUUCAAUGGAUUAGCGAUUUGGCGCUGUGUGCCGAUGAUAGUGCAAUUGGAGAAGGAUAGUCGUGGCUUAGGAUUUUCAAUUGUUGACUAUCGAGAUCCACUGCAUCCAGAACAAUCUGUAAUUGUGGUACGAUCAUUAGUACCAGGUGGGCUUGCACAAGCUGAUGGUCGAAUUAUACCUGGUGAUAGGUUAAUGUUUGUAAAUGAUGAGGAUCUAUCAAACAGCACACUGGAAUAUGCUGUAGCUAUCCUGAAAUCAGCUCCUGAUGGCUUAGUUCGAUUAGGCAUUGCAAAACCAAUACCUAUUGAAGAGUGUGGUAACGGAAUAAGUGGUCAUACGCCGCUUAUUUCACGCAGCGAACGUGUACUCGCAAAAGGAAGUUCACGAUCACGUCAACAUCAUCGCAAAGAAAUAAUUUCAAAUACAUCCAGUCAGGAAACUGUUUGGCUUGGUGCAGCCAAAUAUCAUCAACACCAUCAUCCGCAGAGCUGUUAUCAAUCUUCGAGUUCGCUUACACCAACAACACCUCGUGCCUGUAAUAUAUCAUUAAACGGAAGCCAUCUAUCGAUGACCAGUUCGUCACCUUGCUCAACUCGUUCAAUAUCACCUUGUGGUUCACCACUUUAUUUGCGUGGUUCUUGGGCCUAUGAUAUCGUUUAUUUGCCGCCAAGUUUGGAGCGAUCAAUUAAAAUUCAAAAAGGAGCACUUUCACUUGGCGUAGUAUUAAAUGCAGAAAUUGAUAAGGGUAUCAAUGGUUGUCAGGUAAAGAGUAUUUGUAGCAAAAAAGCUGUAGGGCGCGAUGGAAGAGUUCAGGUGAAUGAUUAUAUUGUGAAAGUAAAUAUGGAAAGUUUACGAAAUGUUACGAAUUCGCAAGCACGAGCUAUUUUGAAGCGAACUAAUCUUAUUGGCACGCAGUGCAACAUAACAUAUAUCACUGCCUCGGAUGCAAAAAUUUGGAAAGAAAAAUAUCAUCAUGAAACGGAUUAUCAAUUACCCGUAGUUAAUAGACUUUCACCCAGGAUUUUCCCGAAGUUCUAUCAUAGUCUAUAUCUAGAAAAGAAGCAAAUGACAGGAAUAGGACAAGGAUCAUUUAAUAGCGAUGUAAUUGAUGCGGAAAUUUCCUUAUCAUCUGAUGCUCCAAAGUCGGCUAAAAGACAAUCAGAUAGUAUUCAAAUUGACGGAAAAUCAAUUGAAGAAUUUGUUUACAAUUUUGUUCAAAAAAUUUUAAAAGAUGUAUGGAUGGAAUUAUUAGUUACUGAGCAUUUAACAAAAGUGACAAAUUUUGGUGCAUCGAAAGAGAACUGGCAAAAUUUGUUGAGUGAACCAGUCGAAACAUCACCGUCCACAAGUGUUGCAUCACAAAAAGUGCUGGCUGAGAGCAAACUUUCUAAUUCAUGUAUAAAUGAAACGCAAUUCGAAAACGGAAAGAAAUAUUUGCUAGCAUCAAUAAAAGAAAAAGAUUCUGAAAUGGAUGAAAGGAAGAAAUGUAGGAAUGAAGGGUCGCAAAAAAAAUCAGCAAUCACAGUGCCCUCAGAGCAAUUAAAUCUGCUAUCAGAAACUGUCGAACGAAAUAGUUUGAUUGAAGAUGAACUAAUCAAUCCAGCAGUGCCCUCAGAUUUGUCGCCUUCACCAGUUUCAUCCGAAACACAUCUGCCAGCUAAAUCAAGUCGUUCCAAAUUUUGGGGUCAAACAAAGACGGUGAUAUUACAUCGUGAACCAAAUCAAUCAUUUGGCAUUAGUAUCGUUGGUGGACGUGUGGAAGUUAGUCAUAAAAGUGGACAACCUGGUACGAGGAGCACUGUCUCGGGUAUUUUUAUCAAAUCAGUCUUACCAAAUUCACCUGCUGGCCUUUCCAAUAUGAUGAAUAUGGGUGAUCGAGUGAUUAGUGUAAACGAUCAAGACUUACGUGAAGCUACGCAUGAACAAGCAGUUCAGGUUAUAAAAAAUGCGAAAAAUCCUGUGAAAUUUGUUGUUCAAAGUCUUCGUAGUUUCCCAUCGCAUCAGGGUGGUAUUAACGAAGAGCAAGAUGAAAGAAGAAAUGAAAGUGAUAAAAGUGUUAGUGAAUGGAAGAGGAAGACGGAAAAAUGUGAUAGUUCAAGCUUAAUGAGCACAUUCAAUGUACCGGAAGCUACAACUAAGAAAGAAGACGAGCUCGAAUUUGAAGAUAUGGAAAGACAUGAUACAACUGAACUUGUCAAGAACACAUCAAUUAGUAUGGAUGAUGAAAAGCUUGAACGGAUGCAAAGUCUGAAAAAUUUAUCACGAAAACGAGUUAAUACAAGGAAAGAAUUGGUAAAACAAGGAAUUGAUAUGGAUAGUGCAGCUGCGCUACCGAAGCAUGAUGAUGAUCCGGAAGAGGAAGACCUGUUCUUCUAUACAAAAGAUAAAAUAAAUCGAAAAUAUGGUAAUUUAUCGGGUGAUACAAUACUGUUGAAAUUGGAUAAUGUGCCACGUGGUGGACUUGGCCUCUCGCUUGCAGGUAAUCGUGAUCGCGAUCGGAUGAUUGUUUUAGUGGUUGCAGUUAAAUCCACUUGUCCAUUAUCGGUGAAAAUUGGUGAUGAACUACUUGAGGUGAAUGGAAAAGUACUUACCGGCUUGUCGCAUUUGAAUGCCUCUUCGAUAAUGCGUGAAUGUUGCGAAAGUGGCAUUUUGGAAUUGUUAUUACUAAGAAGAUUCGAAGCAUUGGCCAUUACUUUGGAUUCACGAAAAUUCGAUAGAAAUAAUACGGUUGGAAACAAAUUACAAAUGAGUAGCAGCAGUGAAACAGAUGUGCAACAUUCCGCUGAAGAUGCAAAGAAUAAAUUAUCACAACAGAAUGGUAUUGAAACUGGACGUGAAACGCUUAUCGAAAUUGCUAAAAAUGGAAAGGGUUUGGGAUUAAGCAUUGUUGGUGGUUCUGAUACGGUAUUGGGUACAGUGGUAAUUCAUGAAGUGUAUGCAGAUGGUGCCGCAGCAAUCGAUGGCCGGUUGAAACCCGGUGAUCAAGUUCUUGAGGUAAAUGGUGUUUCGCUACGUGGUGUAAGCCAUGAACAAGCUAUUUUGCUACUUAGAAGGACACCAGCUAAGGUUUCUUUACUGGUAUAUCGUGAUGUGAACCUCCAGCUAUCACUUUUGGAUCCGACACAAAUUUACAACAUUUUCGAAGUGGAACUUACCAAGAAGCCAAGUCGAGGACUUGGACUCAGUAUAGUGGGCAGAAAAAAUGAGCCUGGUGUUUAUGUUUCGGAAGUAGUUAAGGGUGGUGCUGCUGAAGCUGAUGGACGCCUACUUCAGGGCGACCAGAUACUCGCUGUUAAUGGCCAAGAUGUAGCAAGUUCAAUGCAGGAAGAUGUAGCAGCCAAAUUAAAGGCGUGUACUGGUCGUGUCACCUUAAGAGUUGGCCGUUGGAAAUUGACCGAAGCAGCUAACAAAGUGAAUGCAGGAGCAGAAGCUGCCUUAUCCAAUACUACACAACAAUCGAAAUUAAUAAAAGCAACACCUGAAAUCAAAUUAUUCGCGCCAAAUAAUGAAGAUAGUUCCGUUUCGUUAACAUUAAAUGAUCCGAAAACGAAAUUUCUACCAACAUCUACAUCCACUUCCAAAUGUCAAAUAUCUAAAAAUGAGGAAAAUCAACCACCACAAAUUAUAUGUGCUGAUCUAUCUCCGGUGACAGAAGAAUCUAGUAGUGGAGCAGACCAGAAAUCAUCUUUUGCUGAUGAGGAAAGUUCACCAGCGACUAGUUUGGGCCAAAGUAAGGAAAUUGAACUUAUCGAAGAUUUGAAUGAGGAGAACAGCGAUACAUUGCUAGUGGUGUUGAAGAAAAUUCCGGAUCAACAAUUAGGUAUGGGAAUCGGUAAACGUACGCGUGGUAUUUUGGUCACUUCACUACAACCUGGCAGUAUCGCAGCUGAAAAAUUGAGAGUUGGCGACCGUUUAAUGGCAGUUAACGGAGUAGCAAUAACUGAUCAGCUCUCAGCAGUAGCAUUAGUGAAAGCAAGUGGUAAGAAAUUGUGGCUACAAAUAUCGCGGCCAAGAAUUUAUCAAAAUCCAUGA